AAAAAUUUAUUCAAGGUUUCGGAAUUUGUUGCAACAACUUCGCUGUGCGCAUGCGCGCCGCGCGCUCGCCGCGCCGCGCCGCGUCGCGCCGCCGCCACGUCCGGUAGAGCAUCGACAAUCGUAUUUCCUCUUUCACGUUUCUUUCGUUCAGAAGCAACAUGGUUAACGUGCCGAAGCAGAGACGUACUUUUUGCAAAAAAUGCAAAGUACACAAGAACCAUAAGGUAACGCAGUACAAGAAAAGCAAGGAGAGACGCGCUUCGCAAGGUAGAAGACGUUAUGACCGCAAGCAGCAGGGUUUCGGUGGUCAAACUAAGCCUAUUUUCAGGAAGAAGGCAAAGACUACAAAGAAAAUUGUACUCAGAAUGGAAUGUACAGAAUGCAAGUACAGGAAACAAAUUCCAUUGAAGAGGUGCAAGCAUUUCGAGCUGGGUGGUGAUAAAAAGAGGAAGGGACAAAUGAUUCAAUUCUAAGGCACUCACUGAACGUACUCUCCUCUGUAUUUAAUAAGAAAUAAAGUAAACCUAUAGGGA